AUGGCGCCAAAGAAACGGCCGCUUGAAUCGUUGAUUGAUUCCUCGGAUUGUGAUGACAAUGUCAUGCCUCCGAACCUUUCCAUUGCUGCUGAUGCCAAAGAGUCCGCUUUCGGCAAAGCGGGAUCUAUGAUCUGGAAGUCUCCAGCCGCUGCCAAAUUCGCAGCUGGAUUGUAUGUACGAACAUGUCGACGCUUAGGAAUCAUCAAUCGAACGCUUGUUGCUAGUGCAGACUUUGACAUGUCCAAGCUUCAAUGCAGUCUCUCCACCAAGUCAUCUUCGAAACUACCGUCAGAACAACCGUCAGUGAACAAGAAAAGGAAGAAAGAAGUUCGCCGUAAAAUACCGAUCCCAAGCUUGAAGCAAGCAAAAUCUCAAAUUCUUCAGUCAGAAACUGUUGAAAGUGAGACAGAGCUCGAACAGAAGGCACACAGAUUCCACCAGGUAUGGCAUAACAUUCGCAAAAAUGGAGCUUUUUCGCCCGGGUGGGACAACAAAACUGGAGAGUUGACACGCGUUUAUCCUUCCAUUUCUUGCCACCAAUUGCUUCGAUUUAUGAAACAAAACCAGCCCGUGCUGUGUGAUGAUACACCCUCGAGCAAUGAUACUAUUCAGGUACUCGAAGCUCUUGUGGCUCUAAUGGUCCCGGUCCCAACAUUGUACAACCAGCCACUACUGGUCGCAAAAGUGACCCUGACUCCCAUCCGAGGUAGCCAAAGUCACGAGUUAUCAAUCGGUGUAUAUGCAAACAGACUGCUCUUUGAAUGCAUGACACAGGAACUACAAGUCGUCAUGACGGCCCUUGAUGAUUCCAGCUUUCAAGUUGACCAGCAUAUCCAAGAGCCACCAAGCACAACGCUUCAAACAAAUGAAUUCCAAAGCGCGGAGUUUCCGGCCCUUGUUUUUGACAGUGAAGAGGACGAUGAAGAGUAUGAUGAUGCCGAUGAAGUAGCCGAAGGAUCGAAAAAACAAGAUGGGAAGACUCUUAGCGCCUUUUCCAUUCCAGGCUUUCUCAAAAUGAUCGAAAACACGGGGACCUUCGACAGUGAUCUAUGGGAGAACAUCCUAGAGCCACGACUUGUAGAGACUCAAGGAGAUAGUAGCGGGCUGCAAACGGAACUCUUGUUGCAUCAGAAGCAUGGCGUUUGUUGGAUGUAUCACAUGGAGCGCCUGGGAAACUUGAAUCGGCUAAUAUGGGAGAAAAGAAAGUUCCACGAAGGAGAUACAUACUACUAUAGUCCUGCUCUUGGACAGGUGAGACUUUCUCUCUCGAACGAUGCGGUUUCGACAUUCGACACUGGUUGGGGAGGUGGAGGAGUCCUUUCUGAUGAAAUGGGUCUGGGUAAAACUGUUGAGAUAUUAGCCCUUGUUGUGGCGACAUUGGAAGAUGUGAAGCAAAAGGCUCGCGAAGAGGUCAAGAGAUGCGCAACCGAAGAAGAUAGAAAAUCGAUUCAUCAUGCAACACUGAUUGUAGUUCCACCGGCACUCUUGGCUCAAUGGGCAGCUGAAAUUAGGAAGAUUGCUCCAUGCCUGGUAGUAGAUUCUGUGCUUUAUGGUGGCGACACGAUGCAACGCGUACAACAGCCUUCUUCAGCCGAAUCACAAGCCAAGGCUGACAUUGUGUUGACUACAUACCACGCCUUGGAAGACAAUGUCGCUGGUACAAAGAAAAAGAGAUCGCGCAAAAGACAAAGCUCUGACAAUGAGCUGAUGUGCCUUGUCGAGCAAACAUGGGGCAGAAUUGUGCUGGAUGAGAUGCAAGAGAUUAGAUCUUCGACAUCUCGCAUUUCAAAGGUCGUAAAUACGCUAAAAAGCAAAUGCAGAUGGAUGCUUUCGGGGACACCUCUUGUAGAUGAUAUUUCUGAUCUGAGGGGCGAAUUGAGCUUCCUAGGCUUGGAGCCAUUUGCUUUUUCGAAUGAUGAUGGAUUCUUUGAUUUCGCGGUAGCCAAUCAUUGGCAUCAAAGAAGCCAAUAUGGAUUAUCAGUUCUGCAAAAGCUGGCUGCGCUGAUUAUUCUUCGUCGUUCCAAAGGUAUGGUCGUGCGGCACACUGGACUACCCUUGUUGGGUCUGCCGCCAAUGACAGUGACUUACGAGCCUGUGCCACAAGAUAGCUCAGAGCGUGCAUUAUAUUGCUUCCUCGAGUUUGUAACGCACAGCCUUAUGCGAAAUGAUGCUACAAUCCAGCGCGAUACCGACAACUCAACACUUCAGGCGGAGGUGCAACAGAAAAAGAAAAAAAAGAACUUUCUUCGCUUCUUAUUCGAGACUUGUUUGUCUCCAACCAUGUUGAACGGGGGUCUUGGUUGUCCUUCUCAGCUCGAUACACUGAAUCGUUGGAUGAAGGAGUACAACAAACUAUUGCACGAGAACAAGGCACCGCAACCGUCGAGAAAUGACCCUACUUUGGGCAGAGGCUCGCAUCGAAGUCCCUCCCGCGUGAUAUUGUCCUGUAAUGAAGCCAUUACUUUUUUGUCCCAAGUUGAAGACUUGGCACGAACUGAUGCUGAGUUUGUGACAGACGCAAGAGUUGGAGGCGAUGGUGGAGUAAGCAAUCGACAACGUGCUUUUGAUACUUUAGAAGUGCGGUACGAAAGGGAAUCUGCAGAGCUAAAAAGUACGAAAAAGCAGUGUGAGAAGGCCAUAAGAACAAGAGCGAAAGCGUACUGGCACUUGGCUCUGGAAGAAAUAACAACAGGCAAGUUGCUGAGCAAUGAUGACUACUGCAACUUGCCCGUCAGCUCAAAAAUUCGCAAUCUUUGGAAUUGGAGAUCUUGUGCAUUGGCGCUCACCAGCUCCACCAGAUCAUCCAAAAAAUCACUCACAAACAAGCAUCCAACAUCUCGCUCCGCUGUAGCGACCGGAGUACUCCCACAAAUGCUCAUUCGAGGAUGGCGACCAUCGGAUAAAUACUUCGGUUGCUCACCGUCACGAGAUAGGGAUGAUGCAUUGAUGACACUGUUUCGACGCGAAUCGAAGCUAUACUGGGCCCAUCCAUACACCCUAAUUCUCGUCGAUGUUCCAAACGCUAUCACUAUCACAGAAAUUCAAGAAGCUUUGUUGGCUUGUCUUUCUGUCCGGCACAGUGUGGGGGCGAGCGAUUUGGAAGUUUUCACGCUCUCUGAUCGCAGCAUAUCAGAAGUUGGCAGCUGGAAGGCAGUCGUACGAUUGGGCACCAAAGAUAUGCACUCUUACAUUCUGAACAAAACGAAGACUGUCGAGGGUGUUAAGUUGAGCUGUGAGAACUAUCCUGAAUGGGUAGAUUGUGAAAUCACACAGGCAACGACAAUGCUAGAGGAAGCUACUGCUGCGCAUCGAGUUCACCCUUGUAGAAUGAGUACUCAAAGGCUGGGUGAUGCAAAAAGGCGAUAUCGAAUGGCAAAGCUUGGUUUGAGAAUAUUUUCUCUCGGUUGCGGAGAUUCAGGACAUGUCCAAUGCACAAACGCGCAGGGUCCGAUUCGAUCCGUGACGCCAUCGACAGCUCAAGGCUUGGUUUCAGGUGCCUGGGACCGCAUUCGAGAUUCUUCCAAUUACCUCAAGAGCAACUACUCAAUGGUCCAACUAAAGGAACGGCAGCUUGGGGAGAUGAAGAAGCAGAUUGGAAAAGGUGUAAAUGAACUUAUCAAGAACAUGACAACUGUUGAGGUUUUAGAAGCCUUGAAGACGGGUCAAAGUGAAAAAACCUUGUGCCCAAUAUGUUUUGAGACACAUGGGACAGGUGGUGGUCUUGUAGCGUUGACAAGAUGUGGUCACUUGUCGUGUAUGGAUUGCAUGACGAGUUGGAUACAACAGAAAGAAACACGUAUGCAAACCCCGUCAUGUAUAGAAUGUCGAAAACCAAUUUCCUACGACCAGCUUGUGUUUGUUGAUCCGAAGAAAACAGGUGACCAAGACGAGCUUGAAAAGCGGAGGGUGGAAGCAAAAACACUUGUACAACAGGCAGCGGAAAUGCUGGACAAUAAUCACGGGCACCUCGAGCCGCAUUUGUGGGAGGCUCUCUAUCUGGCAAUGCCCUUGCCAAGCAGCGUGAGCCAUUCAUCGCACUACAAGUACACUGCAAUACCACCCCUCGUGUUGGCCCACAUACGGAACGCAACUUCCAUGCCAGUUCACUGUACUUCAGGCCAAUACCCAGACAACGACCAAUUCACGUUGUCAAGCAAGGUUAGGGCCCUACUCGCCGACAUACCAAGAGACGAAAAAUCAGUAGUGUUCGUCUCGUCAAAGAUUGCUGCGGCACAUCUCAUGGCUGUGAUGAAAAAACAUGGCAUUAGCGCCCGCGGGCUCUAUGGUUCUGAGACUGAGAAAGAUAGCGAGACAGCGGUCUCUAAUUGGAAGGGAAGCUCUGAUAUUUAUGUUUUGAUUGUUCAAAGUGGCGUUGCUGCUUGUGGCUUAACGCUAACAGCGGCACGGCGCAUGUUCUUUCUUCACCCCUUGCGAAGCCAUGAAGAGGAGAAGCAAGCAUACGCAAGAAUCCAUCGAUACGGACAGGAAAAAGAAGUCUUCUGCAAGGUUUAUUUCGCCCCAGUCUCGGUAGAAAGCAGACUCCUAGAGUGGAGGCAUCGAUUCGAGAAUAACCAAAGCAAAUCGAAUGAAGAAAAGACGUUGUUUGCCCCACUUCGAGAUGUUUCCGGAGAAACUAUGGAUAAUGUGGAGGCUGUCGAAGCGGACCAAACCAAAUUUCUACUUGGCUUGACAUAA